AAUGGCCAAAAAAUAAAGAGAAGUUGAUAAAAUUUGGAGAUACAGAAUUAGAAGAAUUGAUUAGAUUUUAUGGAAAAUCUUAUUUACCAAAUUAUCCUAUUCCAAUAAUUGAUUCUGAAAAUAUAAGAAAUAAAUGGCUUAGCAAUAAUACUCUUCAUUUAUUAUUAUUAGUUAGUUUGGAUGAUAUACAAAUAGAAGAUUUUGAUUUUAAUCAAGCACUUGCAAUUUGGUUAAAAAUGC